AAUUUCAAAAUUAAUAAAAAAAAAAAAGAAAAAACGAAAAAGCGCAUCGGUGGGCUUUAUCACUCUCCGCCACUAGUUUUCUGCCACUUGUCGAAAUCCAAUGCAACGACCUUUCUCUAUUGCCUUCUUCACUUGUUUGCAGCCUCAAAAAUAAAAACUCACUUGUUUUUUUUUUUUUUUUUUAAUUCUUUUAAUAUUUAAUUGUAGCAAAAUCCAGAAGAAAUUAUAGUGGCUGAGAUUGCUCCGACGCCCAAAAUUGUAACUUCCGGUGCGUUAGGUCUCUUUGAGAAGAAAAAAGAAGGAAACAGAUUAGAAAGGAAAUACUCUGUGUUGCUACUACUUCUUUCAUUCUCUCUUCUUCUUGAUUCCUCAUCUUUAGAUUCUUCUUACCUUUUUACUCCUUCAAUUCACCUUCUUAAUUGCCGGAAACCAUGAGUUUUCUGGUGAGUUUCUGGUGAUUUUACUCUCAUGCAUGAUCCAAGUAGCUACUCUUCCUUUCCCAAUUACAUCUAACCAUGACUUCCUUCCAAGGUUUUGGCGUCUUCCAGUUCGUUUUGAGACGGAUCGCUACCGAUUGCUGUCGCUUUUUUUCUGUCUUGCAGUAGCGUCUAGGAGCCAGGUAACAAAAGCAACAACGGCUUCACCAUUUAGAAUUUAUUAUAUCCCUAACAAUGAAAGGAGGUUUUCAUUUUACCCGUUGCUCGUUAGAGAGGAUUUGAAGCAGCGGUAGCUGCUCAGGUCCGUUGAUGGAUCCCAACUCCUCAGGAGAAGACUUGGUUUUCAAGACCAGGAAGCCAUAUACUAUUACAAAGCAACGAGAGCGUUGGACGGAGGAGGAGCACAACAGAUUUCUAGAGGCGCUGAAGCUCUAUGGGCGAGCAUGGCAGAGAAUCGAAGAACAUAUUGGAACUAAAACUGCAGUCCAGAUACGAAGUCAUGCGCAAAAGUUUUUUUCAAAGUUGGAAAAAGAAGCACUUGUCAAGGGGAUUCCUGUAGGACAAACUCUGGAUAUAGAUAUUCCACCACCUCGGCCUAAGAGGAAACCAAGUAAUCCUUAUCCAAGGAAAACUCCUAUAUCAAAGUUGGGUGCUAAUGACGGGAAGGUUUUGACUUUGGUGUCUUCUUCACAGAGGAAACAGAUCUUAGAUUUGGAGAAAGAGCCACUGAAUGAGGGCACUAGUGGAGAAGAACAAGCAACAAUUGAAAAGGAUGCCCACGACGACAAUUACUCAGAAGUAUUUACCCUAUCACGAGAGGCCAACUCCAUUUCUUGGAAAAACACAAAUUGUGUACCUUCGCAAGUUAAACUAAAUGACUCAUGUGCUUUCAGGGAGUUUGUGCCCUCACUUAAAGAGCCACUCCAGGAUAAAGGCCCGGGCAAAGUUUUAGAAAUGGAGAUCUCAAGCACUUCACAAGAAAAGUCUAUGCCUGCUGAAAAGAAAGAAGCUUUAAGCUGCGUACUGUCUGGAGAUGAAAUGCAAGCUGCUCAUAAUUAUCCAAGGCAUGUGCCUGUGCAUGUGGUAGAUGGAAGCUUGGGAGCAAAUGUUCAAGGGUCAGUAACCGAUACUCUGCUGCAGGAAUCCACUUUUCAUCCAGCAAUGGAGGUUCGAGGAGAGCAUAAUAUAAUUGGGAAUCCAUCUGAUUGUGUUUCCUUUGAACAUCAAAAUAAUGCACCUAGGUGCGUUUAUCAAUCAUAUCCAACAAUUCAUCCUACUCCAUUUACCUUACUUCGCCCUAACCAAGAGCAUUAUAAGUCACUUCUGCACAUGUCCUCCUCAUUUUCAAAUCUUGUUGUGUCUACCCUUCAACAAAACCCUGCUGCUCAUGCAAUAGCUAGUUUGACAGCAACAUGUUGGCCCUAUGUGAAUCCUGAAACUUCUGUAGAUUCUCCCGUUUGUGAUAAGGAAGGUUCUGGAACCAAGCAAAUGAACCCCACCCCAAGUAUGGAAGCCAUUGCUGCAGCAACUGUAGCAGCUGCAACUGCAUGGUGGGCAGCCCAUGGACUGCUACCUUUGUGUGCUCCUUUUCAUUCUGCCUUUCCCAGUGCCGGUGUAUCAGCUCCUGUAGUACAAUCAUCAGAUACCUGUCAAAAUCUUGAGUCCAAAGACAAAGCAGAAAGUUCCCAACAAAUUGUUGCUUUGCAAAAUCAACAGCUGGAUGCAGAACAAUCAGAAGCUUUAACUGCUCAACACUCAGGUUCCAAGUUACCUACUCAUUCAUCUUCUGAUUCUGAGGGUAGUGGAGGUGCAAAUGCAAAUGAUACGGUGAAACCUGCCCAUGACGAGAAGACACCUGCUGAGGUUGAGUUUCAUGAUUCAAACAAAGGGAAGAGGGGAAAACAAGUAGAUCGUUCCUCGUGUGGUUCAAAUACACCAUCUGGAAGUGAUCAAGAGAUAGAUGCAACAGAAAAUAAUGAUAAAGAAGAAAAAGAGGAAGAAAAUGAUCUUGAGAUGAAUCGUCCAGCUGUCGAGUUAAGCAAUCGCCGCAAUAGAAGUAUCAGUAACACAAGUGAAUCUUGGAAGGAGGUUUCUGAUGAGGUAAAAAGGGGGCGGCUGGCUUUUCAAGCUCUCUUCACUCGUGAUGUAUUGCCUCAAAGCUUUUCACCUCCCUAUGAUGUAGAAAAUGAGAACAAGGCAAGUGAGAACGUUGAGAAAGAUAGUCAUGUUGUAGAUAAAGAUAGUGGUGCAUCAGUUUUGGACCUUAACGGCAAGACUUGUGGAUCUUUUAGUCAUCAAAGUAUGGAGAGAGAUACAUCAGCAAUAGGUAUCAACAAUGGAGAGGGAGAACUUCUCACAAUUGGACUAGGAAAUGGAACCCCCAAGGCUUGUCGAACCGGAUUCAAACCCUAUAAAAGAUGUUCAGUGGAAGCAAAAGAAAAGAGAAUGACAACAUCCAGCAACCACUGUGAGGAGGGAGGUCAAAAAAGACUACGCUUGGAGCAGAAAGUCACAAAUUGACAGUUUGAUUCGCAUGCAAACGAGCAAAGGAAACCUUUGUCUGCUGCAUGUAUAUCUAACCUUCCUCGUCAAUCUAUCUUUCCUACUUUUAAUUCUUCAAGUGUGUACUAUAAAAUGCCUACAUUAUGUGAUUGGUACAUUCGAACUUAUACAACUGAACUGAAGAUUACCCUAAAUUAGCCUUUUUGUAAGAAUUGUUCAGUACCCCCAGUAGCCAUUAUCUUGCUACCUCUUCUAAAGACUUUAGUCUCUUUAUGAAGACGGUACGAAUUUAGCGUGUUUUCUAAUGCAUGUUCCAGUAUCUAGGAACCCAAAAGUCAAAUCUGUUAAUCGUGUAGAAACUAUUAAAGCAAUGAAGACAUUUCUUUGGUGUGGCUGCUGACGAUAAUAAUAUCUCCCUACCAUUCAUUUUCA